AUGUUUCUGUCGCGCUCAUUCGCCUUUGCAGGACCAUCCUUUGGCAAAGGAACAGGAACCACAGCGCUCAGCAUAAGCAACGCGCGCUUGAGGAGGGCACUCUGGACAGCAGCAACGUGCUCGCACCCGGAUCUGGCAACCGCGCUUUCUCGGUGUUUCCCUGCUUCAGACCCCUCAAUAUCCACACCCACUGAUACGAAAAAUUCCGUGACAAUUGUCCUUGCUUCAAGAUCCUAUCCAGGAAAUGAUCUUCUCGAUCUUCCUGCCAAGCUCCCUGCUCAUAUCGCGCAGUCCUCCAUUAUCCUCGGAGCAGUCGUCGAUCGCGUACCAACACACUCUGGACAUGGUGUCUCCACAUUAACACUCACACCCACCUCGACCUCCGCAACACCUUCAUCGGGCCGUCUGAUCGCCUGUCAGCCAUUCUAUCUCUCGGGCGCCGAAUCACGUCGCAAGCGUAUGAAAGAAAAAUCCGUCGGCAAAUGGGCUCGAUCUCAGGACAUCGAGGAACGCAGCCUCGAUACCGCAGAUGCCUGGUCGGCCUUCAAGAGUAUUUCCACUGGACGCAACCAGGUCAAGGUUCCUGAAGCAGUCCUCCCGCCUCACCCAUCCAGUGCGUCCUCUUCAUCAGAACAAGGAUCGAUGCAGGACAUCUUAAUGAUUUCGGAUUUGGAAGUGCACCAGUUUCUGGAGGCAUUGGACGCUUCGAACCUGGAUGCCUCCAAGGUCGGACUACUUGCGAGCUCUACACCCUUCAUUACUGGGCGACCAGUGACCAUGUUCUACGAUGGAAAGGUCGUGCAAGACGGCGUCCUUGGUGUAUCAAUGAUCAAAGAUGCAACAAGAAAGGACGGCGAUGACACGAGCAGGACAUCCGUGGAGUAUCCGUCCUUGGCGCCUUUAGGGCCUGCGAUGCAGAUCACAAGAUGUCGUGGUAACAUUAUUUUGGAGCUGGAUGAGUCCAACGCAACAAGGCUCUUACUCGAUCGUCUGCAGACCACCACAUUGACGAAGGACAAGGAAUAUUUCUUGGCGACUGGCGACCCGAUCAGUGCCACGGGAGGCUCAGACCUGAACAUUGAUAUGACAAAGGCGACAGUUCACAAGAUCACUGGGGGGGAUCCUAGCAAGGGCAACAUGGCCGUCGAUACAGUCCACGAUCUCCAAGAGGGUCAGUGGGUUCAAUUCAUCCACCAUGACAAAGAUGUGCGCCAGGGCCAUUAUAAUCCCCUGCAAAGUAAUAGUCAAGCAUCUCUGAGAUUUUCAAGCACGGAUCCCAAUAACACUAUCGAAGGCAUCUCGACGGAGCCACAUCAGCAGGAUGCGGAGGAACCGGUCCAGGCCGUGUUUGGAGGUUCCAGCGAAAACGGCUUUAUUAUGGGGCAGCCAGAGGGGCAGACAUGGGUCUGCAAUGUCACCGAUAGCGUGAUGAAGCAUACCUUUUGA